AUGGAAAAUAUAAUAAAAACACAAGAAAGUAGGAUUAUUAGAAAUUCUACUGUUAUUGUACACCCACUUGUUUUACUUUCUGCUGUUGAUCAUUAUAAAAGACUAGAUGCUGAUAGAGUGGUAGGCGUUUUAUUGGGAGAAGUAUCUGACGAGAUACAUAUUACAAACAGUUUUGCAAUUCCAUUUGAAGAAAAUGAAAAUGGAUGGUUUUAUGACACGUCAUAUUUACAGAACAUGUAUGAAUUGUUCCAUAAAGUAAAUUCUAAGGAGGUUAUUGUAGGAUGGUACCACACUGGUCCAAAAAUGUAUAAAAAUGAUAUAGAAAUUACUAGAUCCUUUUUAAAAGUAAUAGAUAAUCCAUAUCUUGUGAUUAUUAAUAUUCAUGCAGAUGAUUUUGAUUUACCAAUACAAGUAUUUAAAUUAAAUAAACAAAAAGAUUUUAUACACAUUAAUAGUAAAAUUGAAGCGGAAGAAGCAGAGGAGGUGGGAGUAGAAAAUCUAAUUCGAGAUGCACGUGUAGAAUCAGCGGGAAGUUUAAGAGAAAAUAUUAAUAUUAUAAAAAAUUCAAUGUAUGUGUAUUUUAAUUGUUUAAGUGUUAUUGAGAAUUAUUUAGAGGCAAUAAUAAACGAUGAAAAGGAAUAUAAUUAUGAAAUACUAAAUUUAUUACAAGAAAUAUUAAAUUCUGUACCUAGUUUGAAUGACAACCUAGAAGUUUAUUCAAGUUACAUUUACCUUUGUGAACUUGUUAAAUCUACUAUAAAUCUUACCGAUUUAAAGAAGAAUAGGCUAGAAAAUGAAAUAGUAGGUCAAUAA